UCAUGCCGCGACAUCCUACAUCUACGUAAGCGUGCACAGUGCAACAAUCAGUCGGAGCUCCGCCUGCGUCACGAUCCAUCGGUUGUCUCUUUCUCUCUCUCUCUCUCUUUACAGUUUGCAGCACAUGAUGAAUUUUGCAAGCCUCUUGAUGGCCGCUGCGGCGUUUGCAGUGCUCUCGAUCGGCAUCGUCUCUGCACAACUGGCGCCCUACGCCAACGGCACGUGUGUUGAGAGAAGGCCGUCGAAUACAAGUCUGAUUACUAGAAAAAAUUUAAAUGACUUGUCGGACGAUGAAAUUCAACGUCUCCGCAAUGUAUUCCAAAAGUUAAUGGAGUUGGACAAGACAAACCCUGAGAAAGACUGCACGUAUUUAAAUGUAGCCAAACAUCACGGAUGGUUCACAGCCACGUGUCAACACGAGACGACCACGUGUUUCCAACACGGAUUUCUCCCAUGGCAUCGUGUCUACGUCUACGAAAUGGAACAGGCCAUGCGCACCAUCGAUCCAACCAUAUCUCUGCCUUACUGGGACUUCACUUCACUUCAUUCGCCUACAAAUACAACCCCCGUUCAAGACCUCCUUCCAUCUAUUGUAACAGAACGUUACUAUUUUAACAAAGACACAAACAAGACGGAAUUUAAUCCUCUCUUCACGUACACCAUUCCAUCUAUUGACGGAGCGGAUGCGAGUCCCCCUAAUCCAGGCAUCAACGUCAGCCGCAACACCGGAGACGAACUGGGCUAUCUCGAUUUCGUUCGUGGUCUUAUAUGCAACGCGUUUGUCUUAUCCCAUUUCGACAUAUUCUCGAGACACUACGAAUGUCCUCACAACGCCAUGCACGUCUUUCAAGGCGGUUUCAUAGCUGAGUACACGUCGAGCAGUCAAGGAUGGUCAUCCUUCGAUCCUCUAUUCUGGUUCUUUCACACUAACAUUGACAGAAUCUGGGCGGGAUGGGAGAAAUCAAACGACGACUUUACAAGCGUAUUUCUUAGCAAGACAGAUACCUUCUAUCCGUUUUUUGAUUGGACGUUUGAGGAACUAGUCGACUACGAAGCAACCAUGUACUAUACGUAUGACAACACGUUUACUACAGACUUUUGCGAUGAGACACCCCAACCAGGUACAAAAGCUCUUUUUGCGCAUUUCACCCAGCUUCCCGUCGCUCACGACAAAGCCUACUCGGUUCGUCUUAUCGUCGAUCCCAACGGCAUAACUGGCAACAAAAGCGCAAACUCGCUAUUGACGGAAGACAACAUAGUCAGUGAGGUGGCCAUGUGGCGUGCUAUGCCGUCAAAGUGCACGUCUCCGACAUGCAGAGCUUGGUGUCCGUCUCUUCCCGUCAGCUCACAGAAGAACGUCAAUUUGGGAAAUUUUCCGAAUUUCUUCUCCCGACCGUUUGAUGUUUCCCACGCGGUUUUUGUUGACGUUUACGGCAAGGAUCAAGACCCCGUCGAUUUGUCGUCUGGAAUUUUGGCAAAUGAUCUCCGCACACAACUAAAAACCAGACUACAAACCAACGCUGCUUCUCUGCCGGAUGUGAAAGCUCCACAGCUUACGUAUGGAAACAUUUUGUCUAAGCAAGAUUAUUUAAAUCUUGCUAAAGUCAGUGCAGACGCAAUGACAGCACUGAUAGAUUGGCAUCCUAUAUCACCUCUUGAAGCCGAAUACCCUCCGAUAAAAGUAGCAGCCGGAGCUGAGUUAACCUUUCAGUAUUAUGUCUCCGACCAUUCCGUAGCCCAAGUGUUUGAGAACGAGUUCAAACAGUGUGGUCCCAAUCCUAUCCAACCGCAGUGUCUUCCCAAGCCCAAACAGCAAGGUCAAGUCAAUUGUACUAUCCAACUGCCCGAAACAGUAACCAACACAACCUAUUUUUUCAUCUGCACGCAAAGUGACCAUUGCGGAACACGGGGUAUGCGCAUACGAGUAAAAGUCGGAGAUGGCGCAAACAUACCCUGCUCAGACCACUUAACUACAGAUUGCGAUGAACCUGCCUGUCCCCUUCAUGCUCAUUGUCGACCUAAAGGAGCUGGAAAAUAUCCCAACGGAACCGUCAUUAUCUACAGCUGUGAAGAAGACUAUAGGCUAGAAGGAUAUCCAUCUAUCACAUGUCUACCAGAUGGUCUGUGGUCUUCUACCCCACCACAAUGUGUUGGUGUGGAAGACUGUGCAGUAAGAGCUUGUCCUGCACAUGGCAUUUGCAAUCCACUAGCAGCCACAUACGUUUCCAAUGGCACAACUAUUGCUUACAGCUGCGAGGAGGGUUAUGAUGUAGUUGGAAACAACAAUUCCACUUGCUUAGAUGGUGCCUGGACCUCGGACGUCCCACAGUGCAGCAACGCUAUGAUGAUGGGAGUAGGCACAGCAUUUCUCAUUAUUAUGGUGCUAGUGUCGGCAAUCUUCUAGGGACAAGUUGCCAGGCGCCAUUCUACCACUAAAGUUUGCAUGUUUGCUGUGUAGUCUUUCUGUUUGGCACUGCUGUGGGUGAAAGUACACUGAUGAUUCUGCAUGUGUUGUUCUUAAUUGUUUCUGAUUAGUUAGUAGCUGCUGCAAGAAAUAGUUUUUUUUAAGUUUGACAGAAUUUUUUUAGUUUGUAGAACAUUGCUUGCUUAUAGUUGUUGAUGUUGCUAUAGAACAGCUGCGCUGUUAAAAUUUACGUGCUGACUCAA